AUACAUAUUCUUCUUCAGACAUCCGAUCCAAUUCCACUGGCUUUUAGAUCUACAUCAAAACAUUUCGAAAUUUUUUUAAUAUUUUCCCUCCCCCAUUCAAAACCCUAAUUCAACUUUAACCUCAAAAUUAAUCAAAAUUCUCUCUUUUGCUUAUUACUUUCAAUUAAAUCAUAGAAUUUAUAACUUCUUUUUUUGUGAAAAUAAUUUUCAAAAAUUCAAUCAGAAUUUACUAUGAAAGAAGUGAAAUCAGUUAAAUUGAAUGCGCAGCAACAUCAGCAACACGAAAACGGUCACUUUUUUCCGUUCAAAUUCGCCAAGAUAUUAGAUCCAGAAGCUUCUUGGGACAAGGAUCAAUUAGGAGAUGUAUUGCAUUGGAUUCGACAAGUUGUAGCUCUUUUCUGUGGUUUAUUAUGGGGUGCAAUCCCUGUCGUUGGAGGCAUUUGGAUCUUCGUUUUUCUGGUUGUAUCCACUGGGAUUAUAUAUGGUUAUUACGCAAUGAUCCUAAAGAUUGAUGAAGAAAAUUUUGGUGGUCAUGCAGCCCUUCUUCAAGAAGGGCUUUUUGCUUCAAUAACUCUCUUUCUGUUGGCAUGGAUUCUGGUAUACAGCUUGGCCCACUUUUGAUAUGCGAUGUAUCAUCAAUUUGGCUGCCCUCUGUUUCUAAGUCCCAUUUCAAGGAUUUGACUCCGUUAGAUGAGGAACCAUUCAAUAUUGCCGAAAACAAUGAGAAACUUUCUUACUUGAGAAAUGCCAAUAGCUAUAGCUUUUUAUGUUUCAUUGUACAACAUUCUGAUUUUGCAAAUCAUGAAGCUAGUUUUUGAUCAAGGUAUAUACAUGCAUGAUUUCAAUGUUAACUUCAUAAAUAACCCACAGAAUGUAGCAGUUUGUCGUGCAAGUACCUGAUGCUAAACAAAACACUGUUUUUCUUGCUUCAAAUUUCUUCUUGCCAGUGAUCUUUCUGGUUGAUAUCAUAUCAAGGCUAAGUUAGUGUGGUGUUUUUCAGCUGGAUAUUAUCUGUUUUCUAUUUUAUUUUUCUCGAAGAGGGUGUAUUUCAGAUUUCUGGUUCUCUAGUUCAAAUAAUCAGAUUCAGUCCUUAACAACCUUAAUUAUUGAAAAAAAAAAAAACCUGGAAAAUUUUGGAGGUUCUUUAUAUUUUACAAUGCGGCUGAUAGAAGGGCCUAAGCCUCCCCACUUGGGAGCCAAAAAUAUCACUACCCAUAUCAAGUCAAUUGCACAAA